AUGCCCAAGCGCAAGCUCGAAGAAGUCAGCGGGCCCGCGCGGUCUAGCGACACCCGCAAAAUGUCCAUUCACGGCACCCGGUUGACGCAAAUGUUCGAGAACGGCGUAUUGAUGAUCAUGCGUUGUCUCAAGACAUCGCGCGGCUUUGAGCGACAAAAGCUGAGUCGACGAGAGAAGACAGCGAAGGCACAGAAGGACGAUAAGGCGUUGGCGCGACUGAAGGAAGAAAUUGAGACUUUGAAGGGUCUCGAUUACCAUGUCACAUCCGAGCGAUACCUAUUCAAGCAACUUAUCAGAACGAAGCGCAUUGCAGAGACGCGGACGUUCGGGGAGUUCCAGGCCGUCAAGAAAGUGUCCCAGGAUGGACCGAAGAGUACAGCCGAAGCCAAUAUCCUGGCUCGACUAUUCAAAUCCACUCCUGUGCAGAAGGAAAUGCCUGGUAUCAUGGCAGGUAUUCGGAAACUACUUCGAGUCGACGAGGCGCCUGCUAGCAAGGCGACAAAAGAGGAUGUCAAGAAGGAUGCGCCGGCAAAGAAGCCACGAAAGGAAACCAGCGGAUCAGAGUCUGAAUCAGAGACAGCGACGACAAAACCUCGGCGCGGCGAGCAGGUCUCCCGCCCCGCGAACGACAUGGACAUCUCCGGCUCCGACGAAUCCGGAGACGAAGACCUCUCACAAUUCAACUCGCGACUUGGACCGGGCUCAGACUCCGAAGCCGACUCGGAAUCCGGCGAUGAGGAAGACCUCGCUGCAGACGAUAUCUCCGAUUCUAUCUCUCGUUCACCAUCACCCUCCUUCUCUGCCGCAGACUCCCCACCUGCCAAGAAAGUAAAGGGGACUAAGGGCUCUAAGGAACCAUUGAAAAGCACGACGUUCCUGCCGUCUCUAAUGAAUGGUGGUUACUGGUCUGGUUCGGAAGAAGCUACUGAUGAGGAAGAUUCCGGUAAGAAGCCUGUUCGUAAGAACCGUAUGGGUCAACAGGCUCGUCGGGCCUUGUGGGAGAAGAAGUUCGGAGCCACUGCAAACCAUGUCAAGCAGGAGCAGCUGGCUGCGAAGUAUGGAGGUAGAGAUAAUGGAUGGGAUACGAAGCGCGGUGCAACUGAUGGUACGAGAGGUGGAAGGGGAGGGAGAGGAGGGAGAGGGCGUGGUGGUUUCGGGGGUGGGUCUGCACGGCCUCAGAGAGAUGGCCCUGCUGGUCCUCACUCUGGGCAGCAUUCCGGUGGCAAGCCUAAAGGUGGUCCGCCUAAGGAUGAGGGCCCAUUGCAUCCCUCUUGGGAGGCAAAGCGGAAGGCUAAGGAGCAGACGGCAGCUACUUUCUCUGGAAAGAAGGUUACAUUCGAUUAG